AUGCUGCUGGCUAUGUUGCUGCUGUUGCUGCUACUGUCCCCAGACUCCCAGACUGCCCAUGGGCAUCCACUGUACAUGCGCCUGUCCCCCAGCACCCUGCAAGUUUUGUCUGCCCAGGGGACUCAGGCAUUGCAGGCUGCCCAGAGGAGCGCCCAGUGGGCCAUAAAGCGUGUAUUGAUGGAGAUCCGGCACAGACUGCAUGACUGCCAAGCAGGACCUGGGCGCUCAAGACCUCAAGGCCCGCUCCUCCAGGACCCACCGGAGCCAGGACCAUGUGGCGAAAGGAGCCAGGGCGUAGCCAACGUGACUCGAGCUCACGGCCGCAUAGUUGGAGGCAGCACGGCUCCAUCCGGGGCCUGGCCUUGGCUAGUAAGGCUGCAACUUGGGGGUCUGCCUCUUUGUGGCGGCGUCCUGGUGGCUUCGUCCUGGGUGCUCACGGCUGCACACUGCUUCGCCCGUGCCUCGAAUGAGCUUCUGUGGACUGUGGUGCUAGCCGAGGGGCCCCAGGGGGAGCAAGCGGUGGAAGUGCAGGUGAACCGUAUCUUGCCCCACCCUAAGUUUGACCCGCAGACCUUUCACAAUGACCUGGCUUUGGUACAGUUGUGGACGCCUGUGAGCCCAGAGGGGCCGGCGCGCCCCGUUUGCCUACCCCAGGGUUCUCGGGAACCUCCGGCCGGCACCCCUUGCGCCAUCGCAGGCUGGGGAGCCCUCUUCGAAGAUGGGCCUGAGUCUCAGGCGGUGAGGGAGGCCCGCGUUCCUCUGCUCAGUGCAGACACCUGUCAAAAGGCCCUAGGGCCUGGGCUGCGUCCCAGCACCAUGCUCUGUGCUGGUUACCUGGCUGGGGGCAUCGACUCAUGCCAGGGUGACUCUGGAGGCCCUUUAACCUGUUCCGAGUCCGGCCCGCGCCCCAGAGAGGUCCUCUUUGGAGUCACCUCUUGGGGAGAUGGCUGUGGGGAACCAGGGAAGCCUGGGGUUUACACCCGUGUGGCCGUAUUCAAAGACUGGCUACAGGAGCAGAUGAACGCGGCCCCCUCCACUCGCGAGCCUAGCUGCAGAGAACUUCUAGCUUGGGACCCGCGUGAGGAAGAGCCCUCUGCGGACGCCCAAGAGCUCUGCGCCUUUUACGCGCGCCGGUGCAGGAGGUCGGAGCGCUCCUGUGCCCAACUGGCGCUCCAACAGUGUCUGCAGCGCCGGCGACGGUGCGAGCUGCGGUCACUGGCGCACACGCUGCUCGGCCUGCUCCGGGGAGCGCAGGAGCUGCUGGGCCCUCGGCCAGGAUUGCAGCGUGGAGUCCCCGCGCCUGCUCGCUCCGCUCCGUCACUCCGGGAGCCUCCUGGCCACAAAGACCGCGAACAGCGGUUGUACUCAGGAUCGCGAGUUGCCGGAACGUGGUUCCAGAAGCCAAAGCCGGAGCGGCGCAAGGAAACAAAGGGCUGCCCUGGCCUGGAGCCUCUGCAACAGAAGUUGGCAGCUAUUCAGGGAGCACACGCCUGGAUCCUACAGAUCCCGACUGAGCACUUGGCCAUGAACUUUCACGAGGUGCUGGCGGAUCUAGGCUCCAAGACACUGACUGGGCUCUUCAAAGCUUGGGUGAGGGCUGGCUUGGGGGACCAGCAUGUGGUCUUCAGUGGCCUAGUGGGCUUGGAGCCUUCUACACUGGCUCAUAGUCUCCCUCGGCUACUAGUGCAGGCCCUGAAGGCCUUCCGUUCGGCUUUCCUGACAGAAGGAGAGCCCCAGGGACCCUGAAUGGGUU